GGGUCGUUGUCACAUGACUCUAGUGUAGCGUUGGGUAAUAUAGUGAGAUCGUUGAGCAAGUAAACAAAUAUGGCGAAUGUUUCUAAUUUGGUUUAUAUUUUGUGGGCAAUAUUAAUUAAUGUUUGUUUUGGAUUCACACCUGAAGUAGUUUUAGAGCAAGUAUUGUUCGAAGGAGGUGAUGAAGGCGAUGUGUAUGCCUACCGAAUCCCAGUCGCUACGCUAACCUCACAAGGCAAGGUUGUUGUUUACGCAGAAGCCCGGAAGUAUUCGAGAUCGGACUCAAAUUCGAAGUUUAUUGCCGGGCGAACGUCUGUAAAUGGGGGCUACAGUUGGUCUGUUACAGAAUUUCUUGUCAAUAACUUUCGCACCAAUGAUGGUAUUAAUCUUGGAGCAACGUUAUACAACGCUGAACGCAAAGAAUUGUUAAUUUUUUACACCGAAUGUGCACAUCGAACAUGUGCAAGUGGAGUGACCUCAAAUUAUAUGUUGAAGUCAGUUGAUGGAGGCGUCUCAUGGCAACCACCAGUGGAUAUUUCAAAGGCAAAUGGCACAAACAAUAUUAAUAAUAAUUUGUAUAAUUAUUCUUGGUCAGCUGGGCCAGGAUACGGCAUACAGAAAAAGCUGGAGCCUCAUAAAGGUCGUUUGAUUGUGUGCGGCCAUACUAUCAGACACACAUAUUAUGCAAUGGAAUGCAUAAUCAGUGACGAUCAAGGAAGUACUUGGAAAAUCGGAGCUUCACAACCAGCACUUCCAAAGUAUGGACCAAUGACCAGUGGCGUAUUUUGGCCAAGUGAAGUUCAGAUGUUGGAACUUCGGAACGGUUCCAUAUUAUUCAACAUUAGGAACGAGAGGAAAUACCAGUGCGCUUGCCGCAUUGUAAUGUUAAGUAAUGACGGAGGCGACACUAUUGACUUUGACAGCAUCUACUUUGAUGCCACAUUGAUUGACCCCACUGAUGCAGGAGCAGUCCUUUUACACGGAGACAACAUAUUCUUUGUUAAUGCAGCCAACACGGGAUCUAGGAGGAACAUCACUUUAAGAUGGAGUGCAAAUGACGGCAAGACUUGGGAUGGAGCCUUAAGUAUCUACACAGGUCCAGCAGCCUACUCCACGUUGACGAGUGUUGAUGAAAACCAUAUUGGUGUUCUAUACGAACGGAGUAUGAGUGGCAAGAGUGAUGCUGGCAGUAUAUGGUUUACUCUUGUUAAGAUUAAGUAGAUUUUUAUAUACCGUUGAACCUUUCAUAAAAUCCUUGGGUCAUACUAAUCAUUUGGUUGAUAAUGGUGGGUUACAGUUUGAGUAUUGUUCACUAAUAAAAUACUGGUUCAAUAUUAUCAAGCAUAAAUUGGCAUUGAAAAAUUCCACCCAUGCAUCCUGUAAUACCUCACACACACACACACACACCAACUGUAAAUUAAGAUUGUUAACACAUAGCUGUAGGCAUAUUCAGUUUUAAGCUCGGUUUCCAUCUCUCACCCUAUCGGCGACAUCGGGGUGCAUUGCUAGCUGCCCCGACGCAAUCGGGAAGGCGCCCCGAUUCGUCUGCAACACAAUCGGCAAAGUUAAAGCAGGUUUAACCUUCCCGACAACUGUCGCCGAUAGUAAGCGAUUCUAUGGAAAC